AUGAUAGGUUUUACAAUUUUUAGUUCAAAAAUUACACCCUCUUUUAGAGAAUCAAAAAAAUAAUUAGUUUCAAUAGAAUAGUUUAAGUCAAUUGUUAGUUUCAAUAUUCUACUUUUUUGCGAUUUGUAUUAGAAUAAUUCAGCAAAAGCUUAUUCUAAAUAAGCACGAACUAUUGAGUCUUUUAUUAGUCCAAAUUAGUAGGUAUAAGUGAAUAUUUUAACUGUUCCAGGAGAUUAAGCUAUUGAUUUUCAAUAAGUUGAACAAUAUUUAGAUUGCAAAUUUAAUUAAAUUAAAAAGCCGUAUAGAUCGAAUAGCUUAGUUUAUACAGACAGUCCAUAUAAAUUAUACAAUGUUUUGUAUGCUUUUGAUAAAAGAACUCUAUUGUGUGAUUAUUUUAAAUUUAUGAUUGACAAUCAAAUAUACAAUGAAUUAAGUGAAAUUUAAUAGCAUUAUCAAGUAACAAAUUUACAAACAACAUUGUUCAAUUUUUUUUAGAAUAAGGAUUAACCUAAUUCAAUGAAUUCAGUUUAAGUAAUUCGAAAAAAAUUGAAUAGUUAAACAAAAGAAUAAUAUUUCUAUUUGUUAUAAUAAAUGAAACACAUAAAUUAAAUGCAUCCAUAAGCAGAUUACUCAAAUUAGAGUAUAAUUUAUAUUAAAUAAUAUUAGUGUGUCCAGAUUGUUAAAGUGAUUCUAGAUGUUCAUUUUUAGUCUCUAAAAGCCAAAAUAUAUUUUUGGCUGGAUAAAGUGAAUUAUUUGCUUAUCCAAUAAGAAUUGAAUUUGUUAAUUUAAUUGGUAGAUUAUUCUCUUAGCUAAUAUGUUAAAUGAUGCAUUAUGCAAGAACUCAAAAUGCCAAUUAUAAAUUGUGUAACUUAGCUUCAAUAGAUCGGAUAGAAGAAGCCAUAUCUUGUCCUUCUUUUAAUUUAGAAAGAAAUUAUUAAAACUUAGAAAUGUUAGGAGAUUCAGUUAUAAAAUAUUUAACAUCUGCAAUGUUAUUUGAGGAAACUUUUUUGAAUAAUGAAAGUUUAUUAUCAUCACUGAGAAUAAAAUUAAUUACGAAUAAACAUUUGUCUGAUGUGUAUAUACCUUUAUAAAUUCGUUCAAUGAAUUCAAAGAUUCAUUAUAAAAAAAUUAGAAAUCAUAUGACAACAACAAUAAAUGAUGUUGAUGAUUUCAUUUUAUCAAGAAAAUAAUAAGCUGAUAUAUAUGAAGCAAUUUGUGGUGCUUGUUAUAUUAGAGAUUAUGAAUUUUCAGAUGUGAUAAAAUUCUUUAAAUUAACUAAUUUUGGAUUUCAUGGAAAUUUCUAAAAAUUUUAUAGAGGAAAUUCUUUAAUAAAAUUUCCAGAUUCUUACAAUAAUUAAAUAUAUCCUCUAAAAUAACAAAAAGAAAUAAGACCGUUUGUCUAAAAAUCAAUUUACAAUUAACCAUUAUAGAAUUUUGAAUAAUUUUUAGGUUGCAAAUUAACUAGAUUAAACGAAGCAAUGACAGUUGAAGAUUAUGAAAGACUUGAAUUUUUAGGCGAUGCAAUACUAGAAUUAUUGAUAGUAGUAAAUGUUCAUAAAGAAUGUGAGAAAUUUUAUCAUUCUCAUGAAUAAUAAUAAAUGUGUAGAGAGGGUAAAUUACAAUAAAAGUAGUUGUUAUGUCCAGGGAUGAUGCAUAUUGCAAAGAUUUCUCUUUUAGAUAAUGGUUUUAUGGGUACAAUGGCUCUAUAUUAUGGAUAUCAUUAAUAUGCAAUAGGAUUAUGUAAUGAUACUUAGAAUGAGAUAGAAAAGGUAUUGGAUUCUCUUAGGAAUGAAGAAUUUAAUGAAUUUUAGAUAAUAAAUUAAUAUUCAACAUAAAUACCUAAGAUUAUGAGUGAUCUUUGGGAAAGUGUGGCUGCUUGUAUAAUGAUAGAAUGUGGAUGGGAAGGUGUAGUUUAGAUCUAUGGAGAAAUGUAUAAACCAUUUAUUUAAUAUGUGGUGAAGAAUAUUUAUACUAUAUAUGAUUAUCAUUAGGAGAUCAAUAGGAAUAUCUAAAUUGAAAAAAAUUGA